UAAUAGAGUAACCGGUAUUUGCAAAGAAAAAUAGUCUGAUUUUCUCAACGCAACGUUGUGUAGCUGUGUGGAAAAAGGAAUAUAAAUUUAAUUUUUUUGUUCGCUGAAUUUCUAAAUAGUAAAUGUGUGUUAUUUUCAUAUUAUCAAUAUUAAUGCCAACAGUAGAUGGAUGUCAGUAAAGAAUAAUUGGAAAAGCUAUCCUGCCUACGAAUAUUUAUAAAAGAAAUCACACAAUUUUUGUUGGUGCUCUUUCCCGACAACUAGUGAAUUCGUACUUAAGAAAAUAAACAGCAAAAUAAUGUCAUAUCCACCACGCCCACCUAUGCCACCAUACAUGAAUCCCUCCAUACCACCGCCUCACAUGAUGGGACCGAUGGGAAAUCCGCCACCACAUUCAAGAGGUUAUAGAAACUCGGCAACUAUCAGUUCUCAACCAACGGUUUAUCAAAGGCCGCCAGAUCCAGUACCACAAUUUAAAGGACCAAUCAUUACGGUGUUUGUGGGAAAUAUUAGUGAACGGGUACCGGAGAUUUUAAUAACACGUAUCUUGUCCACUUGUGGUCCCGUUGUUAAUUGGAAACGAGUUUCGACAUUUGGUUUCUGUGAAUAUGAUGGUCCCACUGCCGGCAUGCGAGCUGUUCGUUUACUAAGUGAAAUCGAAUUGGACGGCAAAACGUUGGUAGCGAAAGUUGAUGCUAAAAAUAAGCUUUUGCUGGACAACUUUAAAGAGGAAGAGCGUAAAAAUGGAGCAAGUGAAAUGCCAGAUGAGAAAAUUGACGAUGAAGAUGCGCUGCGCUCAAUGAGACGAAUAAUUGAUGAGCACAAACAUGAAAUGGACGAAUUUGAUCCCAAUGCGCGCACUGAUUUAUAUGGAGUUCGUGGUGUUAAAACUAAACCUAACCGCAAUGAUGAGAUCAAAGUUCCCAAAGUACUACACGAGACCAACUUGGAAGAGGAAAAGCGUAAUCUGAUCAGCAGUGAGAUUGGCAAAUUCCGUAAAAAAGCUGAAGCUGACGAACAUCGCAAGGAGAAGGAAAAAGAGCGUGAAAAGGAAAAGGAACGCGAUAAAGAGCAACAGAAAGAAAAAAUACGUGAAAGAGAAAAGGAAAAAGAGAAGAAAAAGAGAAGCGAAAGUGUCAGCGAGCAGGACUGGGAUGUUGAAGAAAAGGUGGGCGGUAGUGAUGGCGUUUCAAUUGUUUCGACCAAUAAAAAGGAACGCACAGUUGAUAUUUCGUCUCCAAUAAAAAAAGAAAAGGAACGGGAAAGUGGUUCUAAGGAAUCAAGGCGUAAACGCAGUCGCUCCCGCUCAAAAGAUCGGGAUCGUGAAUAUAGAGAACGGGAACGAGAGCGUGAAAGAGAACGCGAAAGGGAGCAAAGAGAAAAGGAACGCGAACGCGAAAGGGAACGGGAAAGAGAAAGAGAGCGUGAACGGGAACGCGAAAGAGAACGUGAAAGAGAACGAGAAAGGGAGAGAGAAAGGGAACGUGACAGAGAACGUGAAAGAGAACGUGAAGAAAAGGUAGUGAAAAACGUUAGAGACGUGCAGCGUGAAAAGGAAAUUGAGGAAGAAUUGCGUGAACGUAAGAAGGCUGAAAAGAAGGCACGCGAAAAGGAAGAAGCUUAUCAAGAACGUCUAAUAAAUUGGGAACAAAGGGAAAAACGCAAAGCUAAGGAAUAUGAAAAGAUACGUUUAAAAGAAAAAGUAAAACAGGAUGAACGUGAAAAAGAAGCAAAACGCCUUAAAGAGUUCCUAGAAGACUAUGAUGAUGAAAGAGAUGAUAUCAAAUAUUACAAGGGUCGGGAAUUGCAACGACGCCUGGCGGAGCGAGUUCGAGAAGCAGAUUUGGACGCUAAGGAUCGCAACAAGGAACAAGAAGAGUUGGAAGAACUUAAAAAUAAAAUAUUUAGCGGUGAAUUCGAAAAUCCCUCACAAGAAUAUGAAAGAGCCAAAAAAGAACAUGAAAAAUUAUACCGGCCGCAAAUUAUCAUUGAUGUUAAUUUGGAGAACUUGCAACGAAAGGAAAGGGAACGUAGCAGGGAAAAACACUGCACUAACAUGUCUUCGGAAAAACGUUUAAAUUCAAAUGAUAUCUACCAUAGAAGUGAGGAUAGUGCGUUAGGUGCAAAUAGUGCGCCUAUGCGACCACUUUCAAAGGCCGGCUCAGUUGAAUCAUCAUCAAAUGAUGAUGCUGCCUCUCGACAUGAGACCAUGUCCAAUGCGAGCAGUCGAUAUAGUCGCCAGGAUUCCGAAUCACGCGAUUUUACAAGUGCUCCCGACAUAGAAUCAAUGUCACCUGCUACUCCUCAAGCUUUUGCUGCACAUUCACAAAAUAAUGAUUCCGCCUCUACACCGCCUAUGAUGCCUACCGUUGGAAUAAGUCUGAAUCUGGGGGCCAAUGCGAAGAAAAAGAAAAUUGAAUCUACCGCCGGAGUGUUUAGCAAUGACGAUGACAAUGAUGAUCUCUCCAAUCCUAAAAAACGAAAAUUAGUACCUUUGGACUAUGAAGACAAUCAGACAAAACAGGGCUCACAUUCGUCUAGUACGCACACAGGUGACAGACACGAUGCUACUGGAGGAGGUGGGGGUGGAAGCGCAGGUGGUGGCAUUGCUAGUGGUACUGGAUCGUCAGCAGCUGGUGGUGGCGCUGGAAAGGGGGGAAAUGCAACAACAAACAAAAAACAUGGUAAGAAUGAUACUUCUGCUGCAGCUGCUGGUAAUACAGAUGCAGCAAAUAGCAAAAAGGAUGAUAGUAGUGGUACAAAGGUACACGAUGAAAAACGACGCCACAUAAAAAGCAUUAUUGACAGGAUACCCACCCAAAAGGAGGAUCUCUUCAAUUACAAACUCGAUCGCAAUGAGAUUGACAACAAUCUUAUGGAACGGAAAAUACGUCCUUGGAUAAAUAAGAAGAUUAUUGAAUAUAUCGGUGAACCCGAGCCAACACUGGUGGACUUUAUAUGCUCCAAAGUUCUAGCAGGCAGUUCGCCUCAGAGUAUUCUGGACGAUGUUCAGAUGGUUCUUGACGAAGAAGCCGAAGUGUUUGUUGUCAAAAUGUGGAGACUACUCAUCUACGAAGUGGAUGCUAAAAAGAUUGGUUUAGGUAAAUAA